GGUGCGGCCAUGCUGCUGAGUUUGGAGCGCACUUAACCCCGUCAAUUUAACCGCACGAGGUCGACCUCACAAGACUAAUAAUAAAAGACGCCUCCAGCGACGGAGGCGGAACGUGUGAGAGCGUAGGUCGACCACCCAUCACACCGAGUUUCGUCCUUGUUUGGUGGUUGUGGCUGGAGAGGAGAGUCAUGAGUGGACGUCAACGCCAGGAACUGGUCUGGGCGUCUGCGAACUUCGCUCCGGCCAGCAUUCCAGAAGGUGGAGCUGUAUUGCAAUUCGAAUUUAUUGGAGCCUGUCCAUCUCAGGUACAGCUCGCCGCGGUGAAGCAGGGGUCCAGGAAGAUGGGGCGAGGCAGGCAAACCUUCAUAAAGAGAGCUCUGAGCUCCAUGUUGAUGGGACCUUCGGCGAGUUUGUCAAUUGCUUCCUACACACGUCUCUCAGGAUGGGUCGAGCUUCUUCUUUGGUUGCGCUGCUUUCCGUGGCAAAUGUUAUCUUAGGUCAGGAUGUUGCCGCUGCUGCUCGAUGGAUUGGAGAGACCAGGAAGGAGAAUGGUGUCACCUACCAGUGCAAGUGCUACUCGGACAACGCCUGUUGGCCGAUUGCCAAUGCUUGGAGCAAACUGAACACCACGGUCGGCGGAGCUCUGAGACUUGCUCUGCCUCCGGGUGCGCCGUGCUACCGCUCCGUUAGUGGUGUGCCGGCUGCUGGAUCGACGUAUGAUGCUGCCGAAUGUGCCAAUGUCCAGGCGAAUUUCAACAGCGAGCAGUGGCUGACUGACCACCCCGUGGCCGAACUAUGGCCGUUGUACACCAACAACACCUGCUUACCCACGUCGAAUCCGGAUGCCACCUGCACGCGAGGUUACUAUGGUGACUAUGUCAUCUUGGCAACGAAGGAGGCUCACAUCAAAGCCGGUGUGGACUUUGCGAGGAACUACAAUUUGCGACUGAUCAUCCGUAACACUGGACAUGACUUCAUGGGCCGCUCGACCGGCUACGGUUCCUUGAUCAUAAAUACUCACAGCUUCAAGAAGACCCAGUUCAUCACGAAAUACAGCGGUCCCGGCGACUGGACUGGCAGUGCUGCCGUUGUCGGCGCUGGCGUUCAAGGUCGUGAGCUGUACCGUAAGGCUUUUGCCCAGAGUCCGAAGGUCGUUAUCGUUGGCGGAGAGUGCCCGACCGUUGGCUGGGCUGGCGGUUACGUCCAGGGAGGUGGCCAUGGACCUCUGUCCGGCAUCUACGGAAUGGGUGCCGACAACGUGCUGCAGUUCAAGGCCAUUACUGCCGACGGAAACUAUGUCACCGCCAAUGCCAAGGAGAACCCGGAUCUCUUCUGGGCCCUUAAGGGAGGCGGCCCUUCCACGUUCGCCGUUGUAACUGAGGUUACUGUCAAGACAUUCCCCGAGGUUCCCACUGCUGCCACUAUCCUGAACAUCAAUUCCACGCAUACCUCUGACCAGGCUGUGAUUGACGAAGGUUUCCGCAUUUUCCACAGCCUCUCCAACCACUAUGUUGACAACGGCAUGUUCGUCUACUUUGAGCUGAGUGCUUUCAAUGGUCUCCACAUCCAGCCGUUCGUUGGGCCCAGGAUGAACGCCGCAAAGAUCCAGGAGGUUCUGAAGCCUCUCUUCGACGGACUCGAUGCCGCUAACAUUCCCUACUCGACUGUUACCAAGGAGUUCCCCACCUUCUUCGAGAUGUACAUUGACAUGUUCGAGGACGAGGCUCCCAACCAGAACUCCAUUGUGGGUGGACGUAUCUUCACUAAGAAGGAUAUCGCGGAGAACGCCGAUGCGAUCGCUGACGCCCUGACCUUUGCUAGCCAGCCCCAGCCUGGUGUCUUUGGUAUCUCUGUUGGUCACAUUGUCAACCCUGGCAACGGAGUCCCGACGGCCGAUAAUGCAAUCCACCCCAAGUGGCGCGAGGCCAGCAGUUUCGUUAUUACCAAUGUCAUUGUGACCGGUCAGGAGACCUGGGAUCAGAAGAAGGAGUUCGAGAACAUUCAGACCAAUGUUGUUGGCGCUCGGUUGCGUCAAGCCGGUCCCAACGGUGCCGCCUAUGUGAACGAGGGCGAUCUUUACGAACCCAACUGGCAGGAGGCGUACUGGGGUUCCAACUAUGCCAAGCUUCUUCAGAUACGUCAGAAGUGGGAUCCUAAUGGUGUCUUCUACACUCAAACCACACCGGGCACUGAAAACUGGUCUAUCCUGGACUAUGGUAAGAAACUCUGCAAAAAGGCAUAGAUGGAUGAGAUCUUCUUAUGGCGGCGUUU